AUGGCCAGGCAAGAAAAGCAAGCACGCCAGCUGCCCAAACAGCAGCUGCUCAUCCUUGCAAUAUGCCGCUUCGCAGAGCCUGUGGCGAUGACUUCGGUUUAUCCCUACAUCCCUGAGAUGAUACAAUCCUUCCACAUCCCGAACGACAAGGUUGCUCGAUGGGCAGGACUCAUGUCGGCUGCGUUUUCACUUUCUCAGUGUUUGACUGGCAUCGCAUGGGGCAGGGCCUCGGAUCGCUUCGGCCGCAAACCCAUGAUACUCCUCGCCUUGACCUGCACGAUGGUGUCCAGCAUCCUGUUCGGUCUCUCUAAAAAUCUGCAAUGGGCUUUCAUCACGCGGUCGAUGCAAGGCUUGUCGAACGGGAACGUUGGGAUCAUAAGAACAGCGGUGGCGGAAAUGGUACCACAAAGAGAGUUGCAGCCUCUGGCAUUUAGCAUCAUGCCGCUGGUCUGGAACAUUGGAAGCAUUUUCGGGCCCUCGUUCGGUGGUUCCCUCGUCCGCCCUGCCGACCGAUAUCCCAAUGUCUUUGGCAAAAUCAAGUUCUUCCGGGAUCAUCCAUUUGCUCUCCCAAAUCUACUCAUCAGCCUGAUUUUCCUCUGUGGCAUUUCUGCAGGGUUUCUGUUUCUGCGUGAAACCCUCGAGGAGAAGAAAUCCCGACGAGAUUACGGACUACUUCUCGGCAGCCUGCUCACCGCGCCAUGCACCGGAAAAAGGCAACGGCCUCGGGCGUUCUCGACCGACGAGACCGAUCCCUUUCUGGGCGGCACGUCAAGCGAGAUGUCCUCGCCUGGCAUAGGUUUUGUGGCCAAGCCUCCUAAAAAGAACCCCGGCUGGGCGGAGGUUUUCUCGAGGCAGUCAAACAUCAAUCUGGCUGUGUACACGUUUCUCGCAAUGCACUCUGUGGCGUUUGACCAGUUGCUGUCGAUCUUCAUGCACUAUCCAGUACAGUCCAUUCGGGAUCCAAACGUGCAUCUCCCGCUCAAAUUCGCCGGUGGAUUUGGGAUUGAUUCCAGCAGGAUUGGUCUGCUUUUCACCGCAUACGGAGUAUUCGGUAUGCUCGUCCAGUUUUUCAUCUUUCCGACAUUUGCGAGGAGAUUCGGCGUUUUGAAUUGCCUGAAGGCCUGCACUUUGACGUUCCCAUUGGUGUACAUUGCGACCCCCUUCACCGCACUACUUCCGACCGACUCUGCCAGACAAGGAGUCAUGAUGCUGUUGAUGCUUGUCAAGGGGUUUUGUGGUAUCUUUGCAUUUCCCUGUUCGACCAUCCUCCUCACCAACAGCGCCGCCACUCUGAAAGUCCUGGGCACGUUGAACGGCGUAGCCACCAGUAUCUCGGCUGUGGGCCGAGCAGCUGGACCUGCCCUGGCAGGUGGCACCUUCACUGCCGGAGUAGACAUAGGCUACGUGGUCAUUUCUUGGUGGACCUUGGCACUGGUCGCCGUUGUCGGGGCUGUUCCGGUCUGGUCCUUGGUCGAAAUGGAGGGCUUCAGUAGCGGUCAGGAUGAUGAAGAUGAGGAGGAAUUGGAAGACGAGGAAGAUGGUGAUGCAAAGACGUCAGCCGUCUCUCCUUCGGAAACUCACUCAAGGCAUUCUUCGGGAGCCGCUCUCGGUGAUGACGUUUCCGUAGACGAUGAGGAUCCAUCCGAAUCAGGGCUGUUGACACGGGCGAAUUCCAGGGCUUCACUCCGUCCGCCUCGGCGCCACAGCCUCGAUCUCCAUCGAGUUGUAAGCCCCAUUGGAAUGGGAUCCGGGGUCAUUCCUGCUGGAGCGAGGAGAUACAGUAGCGAUCUUGGGGCGACGAGGAGUGGCCUGGGCGUUGGUGGUACAAGUUACUACUGA